GCUGAGACCUGGUCCCUCCUCCACAAUGUGGCUUCUCCUCACCUUCUCCUUCCUGCUGACAUCUACAGCAGCCCAGCACGGUGGCAAGUUGCUGAAAGGUGAGGAGUGUGUGCCCCACUCUCAGCCAUGGCAAGUGGCCCUCUACGAGCGAGGACGGUUCAACUGCGGUGCUUCCCUCAUCUCCCCACACUGGGUGCUCUCCGCGGCCCACUGCUGGACCGGCUCCAUGAGGGUGCGCCUGGGUGAGCACAACCUUCGCAAGCGCGAUGGCCCAGAGCAAGUGCGGGCUGUUUCUCGAGUCAUCCCACAUCCUCAGUAUGAAGUGCGCAGCCACCGCCAUGACAUCAUGUUGCUGCAGCUGGCCCAGCCCGCAAGCCUGACCCCGCAGGUGCACCCUGUGGCACUACCCACCCAUUGCCCCCACUCAGGCGAGGCCUGUGUGGUGUCUGGGUGGGGCCUGGUGUCCAAUAAUGAGACCAGGACCACAGGGCGCCCCAAGUCACAAGUGAGUCUCCCAGAUACACUGCAUUGUGCCAACAUCAGCAUUAUCUCAGACACAUCUUGUGACAAGGACUACCCCGGGCACCUGAUGAACACCAUGGUGUGUGCAGGAGCAGAGGGUGGAGGCACAGACUCCUGUGAGGGUGAUUCUGGGGGACCCCUGGUCUGUAGGGGUGUCUUGCAGGGCAUUGUGUCCUGGGGCGACGUUCCUUGUGACACCACCACAAAGCCUGGUGUCUACACCAAAGUCUGCAGCUACUUGGAGUGGAUCAGGGAAGUUAUGGAGAGGAACUGACUAUUUUGGCCUAUCUUCUGUGUCUCUGACUAAGCAGGAGCACCCA